AUGGAUAUAAAGGAUGAUUCCAACAUCCCUAUUAUUUUAGGAAGACCCUUUUUAGCCACACUUGGAGCCAUCAUAGAUGUCAUGAAAGGAAAGCUAACUUUUGAAGUUGGUGAAGAAAAAGUCGAAUUUAUUUUAGCUCAAUUCUUAAAGGCGCAAGCUAUAGAAGAUUCAUGUUGUUUCUUAGACGUCAUCGAUGAAUGUGUGAAAGAAAUGGAGAGGGAACCAUCUAAGUAUACUGAAUUACUAAAGGUUCCAGCUCCUCCUACAUUCGAAGAUGAUACACGUGAUGAGAUUCCACUGAAAGGUAUCUUAGAAGUAGAAGUCUUUGAUGUUUGGGGAAUAGAUUUCAUGGGCCCUUCCCAUCUUCUUUUGAUUGAGGAAGUAGCCUCUCCUACUAAUGAUGCACGAGUAGUCAUCAAACUUUUCAAGAAUGUAAGUUUUCCUAGAUUCGGUGUACCAAGGAUUGUCAUUAGCGACAGUGGCUCCCAUUUCAUUUCAAACAUCUUUGAAAUGCUAUUGCUCAAAUAUGGAGUCCGACACCGAGUAACAACGCCUUACCACCCUCAAACAAGUGGGCAAGUUGAGGUUUCCAAUAGAGAAAUUAAGCAAAUAUUAGAGAAAAAUGUUGCAACUUCUAGGAAUGGUUGGUCUGCAAAACUUCAUGAAGCUCUGUGGGCUUAUAGGACAACUUAUAAAACUCUGAUAGGAACCACUCCAUUUAAACUAGUUUAUCGUAAACCAUGUCACAUGCCUGUAGAACUCGAGCAUAAAGCUUAUUGGGCAAUUAAGACCCUAAACAUGAAUUACACAGCCACAGGAGAGAAAAUAAUCUUAGGUAUUCAUGAACUAGAAGAACUUAGAAUAGAUGCCUAUGAAAAUGCCCAAAUUUACAAGGAAAAAACCAAACAGUGGCAUGAUAAACGAAUAACAAGGCUAUAA